UGUUUGUGUGAGGAAGCUACUAGAUUGGGGUUUUUUUUAGGUUUUGUUAUACUGUAGUGGUUCAAUUUCAAUUGGGUUUCUUUACCUUUCUAUAAAAAUCUCUCCUUUAUUAGUGGGUUUGUCAAAUUACUUCACUUUUCAAGUUUUGAUUUUGGAUUACUCUGAGAAAAAAAUCCUUUUUUUGGUUUAAUUAGUUUGGUAUUUGUCUAUGGUAUGACUUUGUGUAUGUUUCUUGCUCGCCCUAGUUUUGGAUUAGCAUAAAAGUUGCCUUUUUGUGUCUGAUUCUGGUUGUUUCUCACAAAACUGCAACUUGGUUUUGUGAAAGUUUUACUCUUUUGGAUAACGGGUUUGCUUGAGGAAAUUGUAACAUUGGAAUAGGUUUACUAGGUUAAGGGAAGUGGUCAGAUUGCGUUUUGCUUUUAAAGUGGAAAUUUUGUUCUGUAUUUGAUGCUUUUAAGUUGUUUUUUUGUUUGGUAUGUAUGAUGAAGCUGAGAACUUUUUGAUUGUGUUUGUGUUGGGAGUAACAUAAGCUUGUUCCUUUUGUUUUCUUAGUAUUCAUCUGUUAGUGGUGUUUCUUCUCUGUGUUCAUUUGUAUUCAUCUGUUAGUGGUGUUUUUUUUGGUAGUCCUCUUUCACUAAAUCUAGUCCACUUGAUAACUUUUCAAGUUCUUAUGCUCUAUGAAGCGGUUUUGUGUUUGUUGUGGUAGUUUGUGUUAGAGUUCUCAGUUCAAGAUCACUAAAACAAUAUAACCCAGAACAGGAUAACUAGAAAAGAACACGAAAACAUAGAAUACAUUUUCCUUGGUAUGAGCUAAUAAAUUCUCAAAAAUCCUAUUUCCUAGUAUGGAUCUCACAAAUAGGUCAUCCUUCCUACCUAUAAGAAACUCCAAAAUCACAUAAUAGAAAAAUUCCAAAUGGUCAUUCCUCAGAGUUUGGAAGUUUUCUUUUUUAGAUUUGAAACUAUUCAAGUAUUUCUGUCAAUUUUAUGUUAUUUCUUGGUCUAAUUGGUGUAAGAUUACAUUUCUGCAUGUUGUAAAUCUAAUUCUGUAACUCUUUUUUUGCAUGUAAGAUUGGACAAUGGGUGCAUCAACAUCCAGAAUAGAUGAAGAUAAAGCCUUACAGUUAUGUCGGGAACGAAAAAAAUUUGUCCAACAAGCACUCGAUGGAAGAUGUUUGUUAGCUGCUGCUCACGUUUCAUACGUUCAGUCUCUUAAGAGUACCGGAACUGCCCUCAGAAAAUUUGCUGAGACUGAAGUUCCAGUUGAGUCUUCCUUGUUUACGUCCACUAGUGCAACACCAGAACAACCUCUUGCCUUAAUCGAGAAAUCAGUUUCUCAUCCGUCAUACUCUCCUCCACCUGCUUCACAUUCGCAUUCCCAUCAUGACACGUAUUCACCUCCUUCGUCUCCUCCUAGUAACAGUCCGUUCCAGGUCAAUCAUAUGAAAUUCAGAGGGUUUUCUUCAAAAAAGGUGGAAGAGAAACCUCCGGUUUCUAUUGUUGCCACUGUAACCUCAUCUAGUCUUCCACAAAGCAGGUCUAUGGAAAAGCUGGAAUCAACCUCAUUCGAAGAACCUUCGUCCAUGCCACCUGAAGCACCUUGGGAUUAUUUUGGUCUUUCUCAUCCAAUUGACAACCAGCUUUCUUCGUCUCAUGCUGGGAAUGGUCAUGUGUCAAGAUCCGUGAAGGGAGAGGAUGAAACUCCAGAGGUGGAGGAUGAUGGUGAGAAUUUUUCUUUUCAAGAAAGGGAAGCGUCCAGAGAUUCGGACGAUGAUGAGUUUGAUGAACCAACAAGUGAUACACUAGUAAGAAGUUUUGAAAACUUCAAUAGAGUGCGCCGCGAUCACAGUGCUUUGCCUCAAAGAGAGGGAGUUGAAAGCGAGUUCUCGGACGCUGAGAAAAGUAAAACUCCUGAGUUAUCACCACCAGUCACGCCUUUAACAGCCACUCCAGUGAACAAAACACCACACAAGGGAGAUCACACCGAGAACAAGCUUCCUCCCAGGGACUUCUUGUCAAGCAUGAAAGAGAUAGAGUUGCUUUUCGUUAAAGCUUCAGAGACUGGUAAAGAGGUUCCUAGAAUGCUUGAAGCCAAUAAAUUGCAUUUCCGUCCAAUAGUUCCAUCAAAUAAGGGUGGCUCCGGUGCCUCAUCACUGUUCAAAACCUGUCUCUCUUGUGGGGAAGAUCCCCAAGAUGUACCAGAAGAGCCUGCUCAGAACUCGGUGAAAUACUUGACCUGGCAUAGGACUGACUCUUCACGAUCCUCAUCUUCUCGGAAUCCUCUUGGAGGAAUGAAUUCUGAUGAUGUGGAAGAGCUCAAUAGCAAUCUCUUUGAAAACAUUUGCAUGAUUGCUGGAAGCCAUGCCUCAACGCUAGACAGACUGUAUGCAUGGGAGCGGAAGCUCUAUGAUGAAGUUAAGGGGAGUCAGACUGUGCGAAGAGAGUAUGACGAGAAGUGCAGAAUUUUGAGAGAACUUGAAUCAGAAGGCAAAGGCUCACAAAGAAUAGACAAGACACGUGCAGUUGUGAAAGACCUUUACUCCAGAAUCAGAGUGGCGAUUCAUAGGAUCGACUCCAUAUCACGACGGAUUGAAGAACUCCGUGACAAAGAGCUCCAGCCUCAACUUGAGGAACUUAUUGAAGGAUUGAGUCGUAUGUGGGAAGUGAUGUUCGAAUGCCACAAGGCUCAGUUUCAGUUAAUCAAAGCGUGUUACAGAGGCGGAAACAUUAAACUCAACAUGCAGUCUGAGUUGCACAGACAAGUAAUAUCUCACCUUGAAGAUGAAAUCCGCGUGUUGGCCUCAAGCUUCACUAAGUGGAUCACAGGCCAGAAAUCGUAUAUUAAAGCGAUAAACGAGUGGCUGGUGAAAUGUGUCGCCUUAACACAACCAUCCUCUAAACGAAAAAGGCGUGCACCACCUCCGCCACUGAGAAACUAUGGGCCUCCCAUUUAUGCAACAUGUGGAAUCUGGCUAGAAAAACUCGAAGAAUUACCAACCAAAGAGGUUUCAAGCUCCAUCAAAGCACUUGCAUCUGAUGUCGCCAGGUUCUUGCCACGACAGGAAAAGAAUCGCACCAAGAAACAUCGGUCGGGUGAGAACAAAAACGAUCUGACAGCUCACAUGUUGCAAGAUGAGACUGUGGAGGAUUGUGGUCCGGGAUUUGAUCGGUUUAGGACAAGCUUGGAAGGGUUUGUUGGACAACUCAACCAGUUUUCAGAAUCAUCAGUGAAAAUGUAUGAGGAACUUAAGAAAGGAAUCCAAGGAGCCAAGAACAACUACGAGCAGUUAAAGGCUUAUACACAAGGAAAAUGAUUUUUUUGGUUUCUUGGAAAAUGAAAUUUUGUCAGGUUACAAAAUUUUGGAGGAAAGGUUUGGCAUUUGUAAAUGCAAAAGGGAUAAUAUAAGAACAUUUCUUCAAGCAUGAAAUAUUGAUAAGAUGAUUGUGAUAGUGUUUUUCGUUUGUCCAAUCACUAAACAUAUAAUAAAUCUAGUCAAUAUCAUAGAUUGAAUCUUCAA